CGCCUCCGGGCGGCGCAGGCGGUCCAAGAGGGAGAUCCCUGGGGCUGCUUCUCACCACCUCCCCUUCCCGGUGCAGCCUCACGGUGGCCGCUUCCCGGUGAUCUCUGGGCUAGAACUGCUGGGCAAACAUUACCUCAUGAGUUGCCAUCAAAUCCUCCGCCUUACUGGAAAAGUACAAUUUGAAACCUCCUCACUCCAGCUGAAGCAGAGAUUCAGAUUACUCACAAGCUGAGAGACAUGGGCUGCAGCCCACCCUACCAUCUCUCCUACAGAUUACGGUUGUUGUUACUCUUUACCCUGUGCCUGACAGUGGUUGGAUGGGCCACCAGCAACUACUUUGUGGGUGCUAUUCAAGUGAUCCCCAAGGCGAAGGACUUCAUGGCUACUUUCCACAAGGUCAUACAUUUGGGGAAUGAAGAUACCCCGGGCCAUGAUGCAGCCACGAAAAAAGCAAAACUUGCUAACUGCCCUUCAGUGUCUCCAAAUCUCAGAGGCCAGAGCAAGCUCGUGUUUAAGCCAGACCUCACUUUGGAGGAGGUACAGGCUGAAAACCCCAAGGUGUCCCGAGGCCGGCAUCGUCCUGAGGAAUGCCGGGCUCUGCAGCGGGUGGCCAUCCUCAUCCCCCACCGGAACAGAGAGAGACACCUGAUAUACCUGCUGGAACACCUGCACCCCUUCCUGCAGAGGCAGCAGCUGGACUACGGCAUCUACAUCAUCCACCAGACGGGAAGUAAAAAGUUUAACCGCGCCAAGCUCCUGAACGUGGGCUAUCUGGAAGCUCUCAAGGAGGAGAACUGGGACUGCUUCAUAUUCCACGACGUGGACCUGGUGCCGGAGAAUGACUUCAACCUCUACACCUGCGGAGAUCAGCCCAAGCACCUGGUGGUGGGCCGGAACAGCACUGGCUACAGGUUGCGUUACAGUAAAUAUUUUGGGGGUGUCACUGCCCUCAGCAGAGAACAGUUUUUCAAGGUGAAUGGAUUCUCUAACAACUACUGGGGAUGGGGAGGAGAAGACGAUGACCUCAGACUCAGGGUUGAGCUCCAUAAAAUGAAAAUAUCCCGGCCCAAGCCCGAGGUGGGCAAAUACACUAUGAUCUUCCAUACCAGAGACAAAGGCAACGAGGUGAACAUGAGCCGAAUGAAGCUGUUACAACAGAUGUCACGGGUCUGGCAAACAGACGGCUUAUCGAGUUGUACUUACAGAUUACUCUCUGUGGAGCACAACCCUUUAUACACCAACAUCACAGUGGAUUUCUGGACUGUCGCAUGAACCGGAUCCUUUGAUGAUGCUCAGAACUAAUGAUUUGAUUGUAAUAAUUUUGGCCUAGAGACUUCCAUAGUAGCACACAUUAAGAACUUGUUCCAGUGCCGGGUGGUGGUGGCGCACGCCUGUAAUCCCAGCACUUGGGAGGCAGAGGCAGGCGGAUUUCUGAGUUCAAGGCCAGCCUGGUCUACAGAAUGAGUUCCAGAACAGCCAGGGCUAUACAGAGAAACCCUGUCUCGAAAAAAAAAAAAAAAAAUCCAAAAAAAAGAACUUGUUCCAGCUAAUUAUUAGGCUGAAAUUUUCCGUUUUCUUAGCAGAGCUCUUGGUUACGUAGAAUGUAGCACCAUAACAACAAGACAGCUUUCUUGGUUGUUUUGAUCAUGACUGUGAAAUGUUGUCAUGCACACACUUGAAGGACUAAAGAUGACGUAAUGAAGUCAGCUUGUGAACUGUGUCCUUGAAGGACAGAGUGUGUCCACUUCAGUAAUGUAUAAUUAGAUCACAAAGUGGGGAACAAAAUUCCCAAGUGUCUUUGAGAACCAGAAUUGCUAGGUCUAAGACAGAAAGGUAUGUUUCUGUAACUCAGUGUAUCCUAUGUGGCCAUCUGCGAAGUGGCGGAUUCCAGAUGCAAAGAAAGCCAUAGAAGAGGAGAGCAAAGUCACGAAUCGGCUGCCACAAACAUGACAGUAAAGAGCUGGCUAAGGACAGAGUAUGGCGUGAACGGACAGCGGUCCCUAUGCUGGCUGCUGCCACCAAUCCUCUGUGGUGGAAUCCUCACCAGAAACACCUUCCUGUCUAUGGCCACCCGACCCUGAAUGUACCCAGCCUCUUGAGAGGCUCUUGCCAGUAAUAACCCACCAGAGAACACACUGUCUAUUAGUUUUUAAAGCACUUUUAUAAAAUGAUUUUUGUACAUGUAGAAUAUGAAUGAGUAGUUUAUAAGCCGCAUAACGACCGAUAAUAUGUCUAUAGAGUAUCUCUGUAGUAAAAUAUGAAAAAGCUU